CCCUUCACAUCUGUUUAGUGAUGACACCUGAAAAUGGAAGGGACUCGCUAAGCCUUAGAUGCUGUACCACAUUUAUUACACUCCUCACACCUCGUGGCCGCUCAUUCCACCCCCACUCAUCGUCCCGCCAACACCACUGCUACUACGUGACAGGGACGGAGGCCAUGGCGUGGACGUGUCACCGAUGGCUGGUGGUGGCGGUGGUGGUGGUGGCUAGGACGGCGGGAAACCCUUCACCCCAACCUGACAAUAAUUACCAGGUGCUUGCUGGCCAACAGGUGUGGGAGGCGGAGGGCCCGGAGGCGAUGAAGGUGGUGGCGGAACUGGAGAAGGAAGCCCUGGUUGAUAUCUUGAGCCACUCCGCACUCACGCCAAGGUUCCGCGUGCAUCCUGGCAGCAGUGCCCAGGUGGCCGCUGCACUGACUCAAGCAGGACUCACCCGAACACUUCUCAUCAAUGACCUGGCCAGACAUGUCGCGGAAGGACAACACAGGGAUAAUCUGGAGCUCUUGCGAGGAGGCAAAACAGAAUCGUGCACACAGGAGAGCUGCCCGAAGCCUCUUGGCAACGCUUAUAUGUCAUUUGAGCAGAUUGAGUAUUACCUGAAGUCGUUGGCAGAGAGUUCCGAGAGAGUGGAGCUGGUUUCCAUCGGCAAGUCUGUGCAGGGGCGGGACAUAUGGAGAGUGCACAUCAGGCCAUAUGGAGACACUGGUGAAGACGUGAGGAGGAACGCCGUGUGGUUCGAGGCAGGAAUACACGCACGAGAGUGGAUCUCCCCUGCUACCGCGUGUCAUCUCCUUGACUACUUGGUGGCUGACAAAUCCCUUACAAAUAAUCUGGAUGUGUACAUGGUGCCCGUGGCCAAUCCUGACGGUUAUGAGUUCUCCAGGACUAACGAUCGGUACUGGCGUAAGAACAGACGCACUAACACUGGCUCUUCGUGCCGUGGCGUUGAUCUAAACCGAAACUGGGACGAGUCUUUCGGUGUAGGUGCCUCUUCGAAUCCCUGCAGUGAGGUGUACAAGGGGACCGAGGCUUUCUCCGAGCCUGAGACAGAAGCCUUAAGUACCGAGAUGCAGAGAGUUAGCUCCGUUGAUGACCUGCGCCUCAUGAUCUCCCUACAUAGCUAUGGACAAGUAUUGCUGUAUCCAUGGGGUUAUACCACUGACAAAGCCCCAAAAACACGUAUGAUGAAAAGUGCCGGGAGGCGAUUCGCAAGAGGAGCCAAGACAUCUUAUAACACCAAAUAUACUGUAGAAAACUCAGCGACAGGGAUGUACUAUGCCUCAGGUACCACUGAUGACUGGGCCAAGGCAGCAUUGGAGGUUCCCUUGUCAUACACUCUGGAGCUGAGGGAUAGGGGUGGAAAUGGCUUCACACUGCCUGCCAAUCAGAUCCUGCCCACUAGUACAGAGGUGUGGAAUGGCAUUAAAAAGAUGUUGUCUUUCGUUAACAGAAAAUUUUAGUGUUUUAAUACUGCACAGAUGGUAGUUCAUUGUUUCAACGAUUUCUUUAAUAAGCUGACACACUUUCAUUUAAUCAUCCAUCGUUGUCAAAUGUGAUUAUAAUUUUCAUUAUCAGAAAUAAAACUUGAUCUGAUGCUUUAGAAGAGCUAACAUGAAUCAA